AUGCCGGUGGCGCAGGACCCCGUCGGCGCGGCCGCAGGCGCGGAGACCGCCUCCUCCCGCAGGAACCGCCGCCGCAACAAGAAGUCCUCCGGCGCCGCCAACGCCAACGCCAACGCCAACGCCGCGGCCCCCGUGGUCGCCGUCCCGGUCCCGCCCCCGGUGCCGGUCCCGGCGCCGCCCACGCCGAUGCAGCGCCUCUUCGACACCAGCCGCGAGGUCUUCGCCGGCUCCGCCCCCGGCUUCGUCCCGCCGCCCGACGCCGUCGCCCGCCUCGCCGCAAUCCUCAAUAAUCUGAAUCUGCAAGAUGUUGGCAUAGACACAAGCAUGACGUGCUUCAAGCGCAGCGACUCGAGGGCGCCUCCUGCAGUCACCUAUCUGCAUUUCUACGACUGCCCCAAGUUCUCGUUUGGUAUCUUCUGUUUGCCCAAGCAUGCCGUCAUUCCCCUGCACAACCAUCCCGGGAUGACGGUCUUCAGCAAGAUGCUCUUUGGCUCGAUGCACCUCAAGUCGUAUGACUGGGCCAGAAGCAUCUCGGAGGCCGGCACUACUGCGCUCACCACCUCAGACGGGGCUCGUCUCGCAAAGAUCAACACAAACAAUGUUGUUGACGGCUCAGCGGAGACCAUCGUUCUGUACCCGGAGAACGGAGGCAACCUGCACUGCUUCACCGCGCUGACCCCUUGCGCUGUUCUCGACGUCAUGGGACCCCCUUACAACAGCGCUGCUGGUAGGGACUGCGCGUACUACAGCGAGUCCCCGUUUGCAAACACAGCCGGUGUGGCUGACGUGCGGUAUUCCUGGCUGAAGGAGAUACCCAACAACUUCCGGAUGAAGGGCGUAACGAUGCCGCGGGACUUCGUCGUCUAG